UCUAUUUGCGUUGGGCAUGAUAUUCUGAAACUGCCGGCUAAGUUCCACGGGGCAAUCCAAGCGGCAGGCCAUAGCAUAUAAUUUGGAUAUAAACUCCCAAGCAUGCUUCUGCUUCUCCAUCUUUCUAAUCACCUCUUUCUUCUUCGAUCACUCUAGGAUCGAUCGGACAUUGCAAAUAUAUGCAAAAGCAACCGACUGUUUGUUUAUAAUUAAGUUUGCAGCUAGCGAUCGCCAUGAAGAAUACAAGCAGGAGGAGAGUCCCUGGGAUGCCAUUGACUAAUAAUGGACGGAUCAAACAGGAGACAGAUCAUCCUGAUCAGGAAGAUCUUAUUCUCUUCCGGGAAUUGCACAAGCGCGAAAAAGAACGCAAUAUUGUCACCCUCCUCCAGCCUGUUUCUGAAGAGUUUGAGCCAAAUGGAAACUAUCAGCUCUACAGAAUUGCAUCUGCCAAGAAGGGAUCUGGAUUUGAAUUUCUUGCUGAAAACGAGAAGAAUGAUUAUGAUUGGUUAAAAACACCGCCGGCAACUCCUCUUUUUCCCUCUUUAGAAAUGGACGCAAAUAGCCCUGAAUUCAUUAUUCAACGGGAAAUACCAAUUCUCCAACCUCUUUCACGGUUUGCAGCUGCCAAUUGCAAGUCAGAGGCGGUAGACGAGCAGAGGAAUGGGAGACCAAAAUCUGGAAACCCAAAAUCAAAACUCCCCCUGAGGUCCGUCACGCCGAGUGCUCAAAGACGGAGCACAUUAAUAUCGAAUUCAACAAAUCAAACAAAAAUUACCAAAGUUACUGCAGUAACUAGAACAGAUGUACCAAUUUUGAACCAGCAGAAAGUAAUCAAAUCGACCGCUGAUCAUAAUGACAUGAUCAUCACACGGAAAACAAAGCCUACAACGACAAAUAGAAGUGGUGUUGUGUCCCCACUUCCUCUUGUGAGAUCAGCAAAGAAUAUUCCAGCUGGCUUUUCUAACGAGAAACCGCCUAAUCUGAGGACAGAGCAACGCUCAAUAUCCGCUACACGGGAUCGAUCAGCUCGGGCCAAAUCAGCUGCAGCACCUGUAAGUACUCACCUGCAGAGAUCAGCAUACACAGCUGAACCAAGGAGGCCACAAUCAUGCUCAUCAAUAGCAAGCAUCUCUAGGGAUCGGAAAGUAAUCAGUAGUAAUGUUGAAGGGAGCGUGCAGCUGGAUAUCAAGUACUGUACUGUCAGUGAAGGCGAUUUGAUCAACACCAGUAGUCCAAACGGAAUAAGAAGUAAUCAAACAGGAAACGGGGGGCAAAUUUUGGGGAGUAGGAUGGUCCAGAGAGUCAUGAGUGCAAGAUCAAAGGCAGCUACUCUUGAAGAGAAAAAUAAGAGACCAAAUUCUCGGUUUCCGCUUAAUGAAACCUCUGGAUUUGGUAGAAUGAUUCCCAAGAAUUCAAUGGAUACAACUCUCAAGCAUAUGGUGGUGGCGCCAAAGAUAAAACGGGAUGGAGUUUGAUUACUAAUAGUCUAAUAGCCAAGUGCGAGGCUAAAAUAACCACUUAAAACUGCAAAUAAUAAAGGCAGUGGAGUUUUAGUGGCAUAUAUAGGAACUUGUUUUGGUAAUCAUGUACGAUUUGAUGAUGGCCGGUAAGAGUACUGUAUAACUUACGUUUUAUAAGUUCAU